AUUACAUGGCUAACUGGAGAUAAGUAUGUAGUUUGAAAGUUAGAAGUUACUUGACGAAUCCCGCCAUGAGGUAAAGAUGUCCCACGGCAGCGGGUGGUAUCGAGGGUAUCACCCGUCUAGCAUCGUCCAUGCCAGGAGGGCUGUCAUUUCCCUCUGCUGUGGCACCGCCGUGUCCUCCGUGCAUGCGGCGUUUUUCCAGCAGCGCGAAAGCGAUCACGUCGAUAUAGGUGAAGCGCUAGACACAGCCGCAGACAGUGACGAGGCGGGUCUUGUGAGCGCCGGAACUGAUGUUACAGCAGACGAUGGCACCGUCCUCCAAUCCGGCGCAAGUAGUCAACCAGGUGUUGUCGAAGACGAAGAUACAACUGAGGAGCAAGAAGAAGUUUCUCAAGAAGUAGAGAACCAAGUACUAGUUGGAGAGAAACCGACUUCAUCAAGUCGUAGCUCCACAUUGACUGCCUCUUCUCAGCAAGAUGUUGUUGUCUCAUCAGGACCUGGAAUCGAUUAUAUCCAGGGAUCCACGUCGUCUGCAGCGCCAGAAAAAGUAACUGCCUCUGCUGGUCUAUGACACAAAAAAGUCUACUCAGACUCAAGAAAAGAGGUUCUUUCCUACUUAGAAAGUGCCUACUUUCUUGAGGAUGAGCACACUUUUUCGCUUCAUAUGGUCCAACCAAGCAAACCGCAUUUGACACGUGGGCUUUCCUCCGUGAGUCAGCUGCGAAGGUAGGCGUGGUGGCACAAGCUCUGCUGUCGGUGCAGACGCGACUAGAGGGUGUCAAGCGGUUCGCGGAUGAAGAUGCGCUAGCUUGGGACCGUCGCAAACACGACCUUGAGGCGCGAAAUGCAGAUCUGCGAUCAGCUCUUGCGGAAUUGAGGAUACAAAAUCGCGACACACAAAAAGCGAAAGACGACUAUGAAUUGAAGACGAUGAAAUUGGAGGAAGGUACUAGUUUUUCCUUGUGCUGCUGCUGACUAGCAUUGGUCUCGAUAGAGAGGUACCUGGUGCGUCAGAACAGAGCAAUCAUGGAUACCGCAAUCAUGGAUGAGAUGAGAUUUCUUUUUCUGAACUGCAACAAUCCAGCUAAAAAGCGCGCACAGGCUAUUGAAGAGGAUAUGAAGCGAGAUGAAGAAUUGUACCAAGAGGAGAUGACGUCUCUGGGAGAACAAGCACAGGUUCUAGAAUCCCGUAUCGAGGAAGCUGAGGCGUUGUCUGCAAGACUCGAACGUGAGGAGAAACUCAGACAGAAGAAAGCUGUCGUGAAAGCGAAGGUCGCCGUGAAAAAUUUACGGAAGAUGGACUAAAUACUAGUUGUUUGACUGUAACUACUUGUUCAGACCUAUUUUAUGAAAAGGAUUCAUCCAAAUCGAUGACUCAUGUUCUAAUUUUGAAAAAGGCGGAAGCAAAAGCUGUACUAGCCACUGAUCACGAGAGGCCCACUGCAGUUGCCGCAAAAGCUGAAAAGGCCGGCACCGAAGAACAGAGCCUCCUCAGUCUCAAGAACCAUAGCCCCAAUGGAAAUGUAGAACAACCACAGCAACAAGAGACUGAAGAACCGCAUCAACAUGAUGUCAUGGAGAUGCUGCAGCAUGAAGUAGACAAUGAAGAGGCGAGAAAUUUCGUAUCGCAUAUCCGGAAGUUGCAGUCUCAGCUAGCGGCUUUAGAAAAGUGCGAUGCUAGUCGGCCACAGAUGUCUCCUGUUUGCCAGGCCGUGCAGGAAGAGGUCGCCCUUUUGCAGGAGCAGUUGGCAGACUGUAGGGAUGGAUGAAGGUGGACUACAGGGAGUAUUCUUAGUAGUUGAUGUUGAUCAUGAUGAUGAUCGAAUUCUUUUUUCCGUGCAAUGAAUGUGAGAGAACGUCGUGAUAUGCAACCAAGACCGCAACCAUAACCAAGACCAACUAGUACCCCCGUUCGACAGCUGGUCGGGGGAAGGGGCUUGGAAGUCUUGUUACAAGCGCAAACAAUGUUCAUUUUGCACCAAGGCUCGAGUGCUGUAACGCUUUUUACUUGUUGGGUGUCUCGAACGCAAUGCUGAGAGUGACUUUUUCGUCUCACAGCAUCGUUGGGACGUGAUGUAUGACAAGAGAAAUCUGAAGUAGAACGUUGCGCACUCAUAGAAGAUCUUGUCCUUGUCUGACUUGAUCUCUGGAUUUCGAUUUAAUUCUCGCCAGCGUAGACAACGGAAACGACAACAAGAACAGCCACAACCCCCAUAAUCAUCC